GCAAACUUGCCAAAAGAAAAAAGAAACUGAAAUUAAAGCUCUAUUUAUGUUCCCUCUUUACCAGGCUUGCUCUUAAACCCGGCAGCAUCAAUUCACACACAAAGAAAGAAGAAAAGGUAUGAUUUUGAUGGGUUCACCGGCGGUCGUUGAGCCAACAACCACGGAAGCUUGGAGCACGCCGGGACUGCACACGCACCGGAAAUCAAUGGCUCACAUGGCAUUCUACUGGGGCCACAGAACGGAGAUAUUGUUUCCGGGGUGGCCAGGUUCGAACUCAACCAUGUAUGUUGUGGCCCUGCUGUUUGUGUUUGCUCUGGCAGUGGUAGUGGAGUGGCUUGGAAACUGCAAGCUCAUCGAGCCAGGGGCUAAUCGUGUGGCCACCGGGAUGUUCAAGACGGCUUUGCAUUCAGUGCGUGCUGGUUUGGCGUAUAUGGUGAUCCUUGCUGUUAUGUCCUUCAAUGGUGGUAUUUUUAUUGCUGCCAUUAUGGGGCAUGCUGUUGGGUUCUUGCUCUUCGGGAGUCGGGUUUUUAAGAAAUCAGGUGAAUCUGGUUCCAGUUCCCAGAAAGCUCCUGCUACAUGAAAAUUUCAAAAUUUUCCCUUUUCUUUUUCCUUUCAAUAUCUAUCUUCAUUGUUUCUUGUGGAUGAUCAGCUUGUUGUUACAAGCUAGUAUUUAUGCCGUUCGAAUGGGGUUGGCUAACCUGGCCAUGCUUUCUG